GUCUGCUCCACGCACUCAGGCAACAUGUACAAGCUGGUGGUGCUGGUGCUCGCCCUGGCGGCCUGCGGCGUGACCGCCGCCCCCGGCAACCUGCUGGCCGCCCCCCUGGCCUACGCCGCCGCCCCCCUGGCCUACGCCGCCCCCGCUCCGCUGGUGACGGCGCACAGCUCGCAGGUGGUGGCGCAGAGGUUCCAUGGCGUCGCCGCCCCCCUGGUGGCGCCCGCCCCCCUCGCCUACGCCGCCCCCUUCCACGUGGCCGCCCCCGCCGCCGCCUACCUGCUCAAGUGAGGCGGCGACACAGCACGGCCGCCCUCACAUCCAUCCACCACUCGUGUCCAUCUGACCUCUUAUACCUCUUAUAACUUUUAUACAAUAAAUAUUCUUUAAC